CGGAUGUGUUUCCUCCCAGGCUAAGUCCAUCUUCCGGCCUGGGCCGCCGCUGCCGCGGAAGCCUCAACUCUAGUUUUCUGAGACGAUCAUGACCAUGGCUGCUGAAUCUGAUGUUCUGCACUUCCAGUUUGAACAGCAAGGAGAUGUGGUCUUGCAGAAAAUGAAUCUCUUGAGGCAGCAGAAUUUAUUUUGUGAUGUAUCAAUUUAUAUUAAUGACACCGAGUUCCAGGGGCACAAGGUGAUUUUGGCUGCUUGCUCCACUUUUAUGCGAGAUCAGUUUUUACUCACACAGUCAAAACAUGUCAGAAUCACCAUCUUGCAGAGUGCAGAAGUUGGCAGGAAGUUGUUACUCUCUUGCUAUACUGGAGCACUUGAAGUUAAAAGGAAAGAGCUUUUGAAAUAUUUGACUGCUGCCAGUUAUCUUCAGAUGGUUCACAUUGUGGAAAAAUGCACAGAAGCUUUGUCAAAAUAUCUGGAAAUAGAUCCUUCUAUGAAAAACAACAACCAACACACUGACCUGUGUCAAUCCUCUGAUCCAGGUGUUAAGAAUGAAGAAGAAAAUUCUGAUAAAGACUGUGAGAUAAUUGAAAUUUUGGAAGAUAGUCCUGUAAAUAUAGAUUUCGAUGUUAAAGAAGAGGAAAGCAAUGCCUUACAGUCUACAGUAGAGAGCUUGACAUCAGAGAGAAAGGAAAUGAAGUCGCCAGAUCUGUCUACAGUAGAUAUAGGUUUUAAAGACAAUGAAAUUUGUAUCCUCCAUGUAGAAUCCAUCAGUACAGGUGGUGUAGAAAAUGGGCAAUUUUCACAGCCUUGUACUUCUUCAAAAGCAAGCAUGUAUUUUUCUGAAACACAGCAUUCAUUGAUUAAUUCUACAGUUGAGAGCAGAGUGAUGGAAGUUCCUGGGAAUCAAGGUCAGGCCAUAUUUUAUGAAAAUAUUGAAGGAAGUUAUGGUACAGUUAAUGAGAUUCAGAAUCUGGAGGAAAGUUAUUCACUGAGGCAUCAGUGCCCCAGGUGUCCUCGAGGCUUCCUUCAUGUUGAAAACUAUCUACGCCACCUUAAGAUGCAUAAACUAUUCUUGUGCUUACAAUGUGGGAAAACAUUUACACAGAAGAAAAAUCUCAACCGACAUAUUCGAGGACACAUGGGCAUAAGGCCCUUUCAGUGUACUGUGUGCUUAAAAACAUUUACUGCUAAAAGCACUCUUCAGGACCACUUAAACAUACAUAGUGGGGAUCGACCAUAUAAAUGCCAUUGUUGUGAUAUGGAUUUCAAGCACAAGUCUGCUCUCAAAAAGCACUUAACUUCUGUCCAUGGCAGAAGCAGUGGUGAAAAACUAUCUAGACCUGAUCUCAAAAGUCAAAAUACACUAUAAUUAGAAUCACAUACUUAGUAAAUAAACCUUAUAUCACUCUGUUAGGCAAGUCUUUCAUAGAAAUUAGCAUUUGUAAUACUGGGUUCCUUUUCAUCUUUAUGUUUGUUCUUGCCUACAUAUAUUCUUCUUGAAGAAAAGUAACAGUUCCAAAGUUGUGAAAGGCAUGAUAAAAAGAUGAUGGGAUUUUGUCUCAUCUGUUAUGUUACAUGUAAGUCCCAGUGGUAUACCUAGAGAAAAAGUGUCCAUUCUUUUACACAUUCUAGAUUCUAGUCACAGAGUAUCCAGCAGGAUUUGCAGAUUCUGAUUUGGAGUCUCUAGAUAAUUGAUUUAAAUGUAAAAUCCAAGCAUGUAACAACAAUGGAUUAAGGUAAUAGGAAGAGAAAAUAAAUGUAAAAACAUUAUUACCUGUUAUUAGUCACUUUAAGAACGAAGAAAACAAACUUUUUUUUUUUUAACUUUCAACCAACCGCUCUUAGAUUCUAAACUAAACACCAAGGUACCUUUUGUCUAAUUUGGGGGGGGUCGGUUUCAUUUUGUUGCCCUCGGUAGAGGGCC